CCGGUUUCUUCGUCUUAUAUUCUCCCUUUCAUGACCCAAACUUCCAUUUUCCAGUAAUAAAAAUAAUCUGUCAAUAAAGGGACCGAACAGGUAAAACGGGAAGAGGGGAGGUUUCAUCUGUUUUAGAAGGAAAAGAGAAAUGAUUCCGCUGCAAUGGACACCGCCAUGUAACAAUCAAUGCACUCAGAAAUACGCUAGUCUCAUGCAAAUUCCUUGGAGAGUAUUCUGCAAGAAAGGGUGCGACUCUGAUGGGGACACUUGGGAGGAAUGCUUAGGUGAAUGUGAUGAAUUGUGUUACAAAGAUCCAGUUUUGAAGGAUCAAAAGUGGAGUUCUUACAUUGAUCGUUCUCCUGGGGCUGUUGGCUAUUCAGAGGAAUGCUUUCGCGCUUGUGUAGCUGGCUGUGGAUACAAGUUUGAUAUCCCUCAAAAGGAAGUUGAAAAUAUCCGCCCCAACAGACCAUCAUGGACCCCAUCUGCAGAGAAGCCACCUCAACCUGCUGUUGUAGCAAGGCAGCCUCUGGAACCUUGCUCAACUACCAAAGACAUUCCGGGAACCUCUGCAUAGGGUACUCUUAUUAGUGCUUACCAAUUCUGUUUUUGCAAGAAUUACUUGCUGCAUAUUAGUCAAGGACUUAGGGCCAGUGGAUUUCUCUUUGCUGGAGUAGAGGCUAUACAUUCACUAUAAGUCUAAAUGAUCUUGACGCCUGACAGAGGUUGAGUUUUUGAUGAUUAAGCCAAGGAUAGGAAACUGCAGUGAAAUGGUCAGAUAAUGAUAUGGAUUGGACAAAAGAUCCUUUAAAUAGUGUUGUUGGAGCUACCCUCCCUCAUUCCCUUUCCGUGAACCUUUUUCUGUCCAUACUCCGUGGGGUUACUCAUCUUAGAUAUCUAUGAGCACAAUGAUGCAAACUUUCUGUGAUGACUCAUUUGUUGGUGAGAUACGUUUUUUUCUUCCUUCUUUCUGUUGUAGAUUCUUAUUACAAACCACAUGUAACAACUAACAAACAACAAGAUUUAGUGUUGUCUGGGGUUGGGUUCUCUUGCAUUGGACAUACUGCUCUGUGAUUUAUCCAUUGUUAUGAACUUGUAAUGUUGUUUCAGGUUGUGGGAAAUGGAAUAUGCGUUAAUCUUCUCCCACCAUAACUUGUGCGAGAUGUAGACCUGUCUGCAAUUAUAGGAACCAGAACUACCAGCAUUUUAACCAGAACAAAACCUUGGGCUAGCUAAUAUAGACAUGACGAGUCCAGCUACAUAACAAACUAUACAAUAAUAUACUCCCUCCGCCCCCCUAAUAUUGGUACGGAAGGGAGUGACGUGCUUUUUAAGAAAAGUAGAAUUAUGUGGUUGGUAAUGAGUUGAUAAAGUGAAAAUAAAGUAAGAAUGAAUUAGAGUCACACAAAUGUUACCAAAUAUGGUAUGAGACAAUAAUAAAGGAACAUCCAAAAAUGGAAAAAUUGGACAAUUAUAGUUUAUAGGGGGACAGAGGGAGUAAAUGAUAGCUAUUAAGCAUGUGUGGACCGUUGUUCAGGCUUAAUAGUUGUGAGACGAGGAGUCCAAGUCUAUACACUAUAUACUAUAUCAAUAUUGAAUUUAGGGGUGAAUUCGAGUCGGGCCAGGUCUGGGUCAGGCCUAGGCCCGGAUGGACCGGCGGGUCUGAAUAGGUGGACCCGAGACCGGCCCAGGUAGCCACCUGAGCCAGGACCAGAAACCCCUCGGGUCAGGCCUACCCGGACCGGUGACUGACCGAACAAUGCCGGUCCCGGGCCGAUUCCGGGUCGGACCACCCAGCCCGAAUCCACCACUAAUUGAAUUGAUAGAGAAAGAAUAAUGUAAUAAUGAUUUGUGAUCACACAAAUUCCACGUGGAAAUGGAUGUUUUAAUCAGGCUGAAAUUUUCUGAUUUAGAUUUACGUCUAAUCUAGUCUAAAUUGGUCCAAUUUGAUAGAUGUCUAGUAUUUGUUUUGUUUUUUUUUGUUCUCUUUUUCCAAUUGUCAAAGUCAGAUCUGAUUUAAUUAAAUGUGAUCUAAUUUGUUUAAGUUUGGUCAGUUCUACUUUGGAAUUUAAAUAGGUUGAAGUAAAAACAUUUUAAGUGCACACUUCAAUUUGUUUUCAUUUCUGUUUUUAUUUAUUCAUUAAAGACAGAACUUUGUUUUACAACACCUAAAUCUGCAAGGCCAGCUCUUAAUAACUAUUUGACCGGUUAGGCGCUAGUAGGAGUGGACUCGGGCCGGGCCAACCGGCCCGGAACCGGACCGGUGAACCGGUUGGUUGCCCGGUUCAGGCCACCCGGCCCGGUGGGAUGACGGUUCAGGCUCGGGCCCCUCAAAAGGUUAACCAGCCCGGUCGGUUCGUGCCCGGGCCGGGCCAAUUUUUUUUUUUUUUUUUUUUUUGAAUUUGUUUUUAAGUUUUUGGGUUGGGCUGGGUAUUUUGGGCCAUUUGAGGUGGUUAGGGUGUGUUUGGGGGUGAGGGGGAGGGU